UCUCUCUCUCUCUCUCUCUCUCUCUCUCGAUCCCUGCCCAUUUAUUUAUUCCCCUAUAAACAAAUCCAAACGCCACACUUCUCUUCUUUCUACUGCUCCUUUCUCUCUCUAUCCCUUAGAGGUUUUCUACCCCCACAGCCCACUCCCCUCCAUUCCAUCUUGUUCCUGCUCUUGUUCUUUUCUUGCCUUUUAAAUUUCUUUCCCCUUAUUUUAUUACAAAAUCUCACAUCAAAUUCUCACCAAUCAUACAUGACAAAGAAAUUAUAUUUUUUUAUAGAAAAAAGGAAAAGAAUUAGGAGCCCAUUUCAAAAAAGAGAAAAAAAAAGGCAAACCCCCCACAACAUGAAAGGUGAAUAUGUAGAAACGAAAAAUGAAAGCCACAACAACAUGUUUUCUAAACUCCACCACUCUCAUCAACAGCACCAACACCCAAACCACCCUUUCUCUCAUCACUUCCAACUCUCUCGCGAUUCGCAAACCCCUGACUCUGAAGACACCAGUCGCACCACCACCCCUACCACCAAAGACCCCACACCAACCACAACUCCACUCUCCUAGUGGUGGCGGUGGCGGUACUAGCGGUGGCGAUGGAGCUACCAUUGAAGUCAUUCGAAGACCAAGAGGCCGUCCUCCAGGCUCCAAAAACAAGCCGAAGCCACCCGUCAUCAUCACUCGCGAACCCGAGCCCGCCAUGAGUCCUUACAUUCUCGAAAUCCCUGGAGGAAACGACAUCGUUGAAGCUAUCUCCCGUUUUCUCUCGUCGCAAAAACAUUGGCAUCUGCGUACUACAGGAUCUGGAACCGUUUCGAACGUAACUCUCCGUCAACCGUCAACGACUCCGGGAGCUACCAUAACUUUCCAUGGCAGAUUCGACAUCUUAUCUCUCUCCGCCACGUUCCCUCAAACGACGUCGUGUCACGUGCCGAAUACGUUCUCUAUCUCUUUAGCUGGUCCUCAAGGGCAGAUCGUUGGAGGGUUCGUAGCUGGCUCAUUGGUAGCAGCUGGCACCGUGUUCAUAGUAGCUGCUACUUUUAACAACCCUUCGUAUCAUCGGUUAUCAGGAGAAGAAGCGAGGAAUACAGUGUCGUCUGGUGGUGGUGGUGGUGGUGAAGGACAGUCGCCGCCUUUGUCUGGUGGCGGUGGAGAUAGUGGUCACGGUGGUGGGGUGGAUUCUUGCGGGGUUUCGAUGUAUAGUUGUCAUUUGGGUGGGUCAGAUGUGAUUUGGGCUCCGACUGCUAGACCACCACCGCCCACCGCCUUACUAAUGAGUUCGAAGUUGUAGUUUAUUCAGUUCUUUCUUUAUCUUUAAAUUUUUUUUCUUUGGAGAGCACUGUGAAUUAAUGGGAGUUUAGAGAAUCCGUUUUUUUUUUUGUUUUUUUUUUUGGCCCUUUUUGGGGUUAUGUAGUGUUUUAUUGCAUCAUGAUAUGAUCAUUAAUUAUCUUUGUUUAGUCUG